CGCCGUACAACUAAACUGAACUGCAUUAAAAUCCGAAGAAUCAUUUUUGUGUUGUCAUGGCGAGAGGUAGUAGUGCCGGUUUUGAUCGUCAUAUAACUAUAUUUUCGCCUGAAGGGCGGCUCUAUCAAGUUGAAUAUGCAUUUAAAGCUAUUAAUCAAGGUGGAUUGACAUCCAUUGGAUUAAAAGGAAAGGAUGUAGCCGUUUUAGUUACUCAAAAAAAAGUUCCUGAUAAGCUUUUGGAUCCAUCAUCAGUAUCACAUAUCUACACUUUAACUGAAAAUAUUGGAGCUGUUAUGACUGGUCUUGUUGCUGAUGGGCAUUCUCAGAUUCAGAGAGCUAGAUAUGAAGCAGCCAAUUGGAGGUAUCGUUUCGGAUACUCGAUACCUGUUGAUAUGCUGUGCAAGAGAAUUGCAGAUAUAUCUCAAAUUUAUACUCAGAAUGCAGAAAUGAGACCUUUGGGAUGCA